AAAAAAAAAAAAAAAAAAAGAAAAUUGUUUCUGUAUAUCGCAGCUUUUAUUUCUUUCUUUUUGUACUUACAACUCUCCCUCUAAUGCAAAGUAAAUUCCCCUCAUCAUCUGAGGUAGUCAUGACAUGCUUGGCUGUUAAGGACUAUGACCCUCAUUCAGGAAAUAAAAUAUUAAAUAAUUUCGUAAUUAUAAGAGAGAUUGGCAGAGGUGUGCAUGGCAAAGUCAAGCUUGCUCAAGAUACAAUCACUGGCGAUCUCGUGGCUAUUAAAAUAGUAGACAAGAAGAACAGAAGAAGACAAAUGGGGUACAGUUUAUUAAGGGGAAGUCAACAACAACAAUUACAUGCAUCAAAAGAAAACGAAAAUAAGAUUAGACGUGAAAUAGCUAUAUUAAAGAAAUGUUGUCACCCAAACGUAGUAAAGUUACGUGAAGUGAUAGACGACCCCACCAGUAGAAAAAUUUACUUGGUGCUGGAAUAUACCGAGACGGGUGAAAUCGAGUGGAGAGAUGAAUACGAUGCACCCGUCAUGACCAUUGAUGAAGCAAGAAGGAUAUUUAGAGAUAUAGUGAAUGGACUGGAUUACCUCCAUUAUCAAGGCAUUAUACACAGAGAUAUUAAACCCGCCAACUUACUAUUAUCGCAUGAUGGAGUAGCAAAGAUUUCAGACUUUGGUGUGUCCUAUUACAAUGAAUUGUUAGCACAGAAUAAUGGAGGAGGAGGGGAGAUGAUUCACCCUAACGAUCGGGUGUUUUUAAAAAUAGAACGAGAAUUAGCAGAAACUGCUGGAACACCUGCUUUCUUUGCACCCGAAUUAUGCUGUGCAGGUGGUGAUGCAAUAAAGAGACCCCGUAUUUCUAAAGCUAUUGAUGUCUGGGCUUUAGGUGUUACUCUCUAUUGCUUUGUAUUUGGUGUAUGUCCCUUUAUUGCCGCUACAGAAUUCGAAUUAUUCGAUACAAUACCUUCGCAACCACUGACCUUUCCCAAAAAGGACUUUGAAAUCACCGAGGAUCUAAAGGAUUUAUUACACAAAUUAUUGACAAAGAAUCCAGAUGACCGGAUUACAUUGGACGCUGUCAAGCGUCAUCCUUGGGUGAUUCGAGGCUUAGAUAAUUCCCAAGAUUGGAUUCUACAGACAGAUCCACAUCAUUAUUUAAAUAUUCAAGUCGCUAGUGAUCUAGAAAUCACUGAAUCUGUCACUAUGAUGGAUCGUUUACGACAAUCCAUUCGAAAAUUAUCCAUCUCCUUCUCCAAUAGUCGACGUAAAUCAUCACUUACACCUGCGGUCUCUAAACCCAGUCGACCCGUGUCAUAUCAUCCUUCUUCUCCCAAUCAUAUUCAAUCCAACAGUAAUCAUCAUCGUCUCUCUCAACCUAGUAUGAGGAUGAGUAAACAACCGUCUUAUUCCACCUCUUUAUUACCUCAUGCCACCAGUUCUGUUACACCUACUGUCUCACUCUCUACAGGACAUACUUUGAUUGUCAACGGAUUAUCAAGUAAUUAUAUACCACCUACCACCACUAACACUACUACUACUACUAUACCAUACCCAGCCUCUGAGGAGGAGGAAGAGGAAGAAGACGAAGAAGAAGAGGUUAAUAAUCGACCCGAUAUUAGCAGGCGAGUUUCAUCCGCCUCUUCUUCAUCUGGUCUAGGACUUACAUUUGGUAAAUAUCGAGGCGGUAUGACGCCCAUCACCCAAUAAAAGACCUCUCUCUCUCUCUCUCUUUUUAUAUAUUUAUAUAUAUAUAUGUACACACGAUAUUUUUAUUGUUUUUAUUUUAUUAUUAAAAAUCUAAG